AUGCAGGUGUUGUUGUGUGUCCCUCAGAUGCAGGUGUUGUUGUGUGUCCUCCUGGUGCUUCUGUGUGAGUGUGCAGCAGCUCCAGCUGCAGAUGAGGUCACCUUCCUGCCCGGCCUGCAGAAGCAGCCCAGCUUCAGGCACUUCUCUGGACACCUGGACGUAGCUGAUGGAAAACACCUUCACUACUGGUUUGUGGAGUCUCAGAACAAGCCAGCCUCUGAUCCAGUGGUCCUGUGGCUGAAUGGUGGUCCCGGCUGCAGCUCGUUGGACGGACUGCUGACAGAACACGGACCCUUCCUGGUCCAGGAUGAUGGUGUGACCCUGCAGUACAACCCGUAUUCUUGGAACAAGAUUGCCAACAUGUUGUACCUGGAGUCUCCAGCAGGUGUCGGCUUCUCCUACUCUGAUGAUAAGAACUACAAGACCAACGACACAGAGGUGUCCAUGAACAACUACCUGGCUCUGAAGGAGUUCUUCCGCCUGUUCCCAGAGUUCAGCAGCAACGAGCUUUUUCUGACCGGAGAAAGUUACGGAGGGAUCUACAUCCCAACACUUGCAGAGAGAGUGAUGGAGGACCCCAGCCUGAACCUGCAGGGUGUUGCUGUGGGAAACGGGAUGGCCAGUUAUGAACUGAACGAUAAUUCUCUGGUGUUCUUCGCCUACUACCAUGGCCUGCUGGGGAGCCAGCUGUGGACCCAGCUGCAGACCUUCUGCUGCAAAGACGGGACAUGCAACUUCUACAACAACCAGAACCAGAACUGCACAGAGUGUCUGUCUGAGGUUCAGGACAUCGUCUACGGUUCUGGACUGAACAUGUACAACCUGUAUGCUUCCUGUCCAGGGGGAGUCCCUCACAGAUAUAGUGUGGAGCGGGGGCAGCUGCUGAUCAGAGAUCUUGGGAACAUCUUCGUCAAACAUCAAGUGACUCAGCAGUGGAACCAGAAGUUCCAGAGUCUGGCAGCUCUGCACCUGUCUGUCCGUCUGGACCCGCCCUGCACCAACUCUACCCCCUCCUCCCUCUACCUGAACAAUCCAUACGUUAGGAAAGCUCUGCACAUCAGUCCCGACGCUCUUGACUGGGUCAUCUGCAGUGCUGAGGUGAAUCUAAACUAUGGUCGAGUCUACCUGGAUGUCAGUAAACAGUACCUGAAGCUGCUGGCUGCUUUGAAGUACAGAGUCCUGAUUUAUAACGGGGACGUAGACAUGGCCUGUAACUUCAUGGGGGACGAGUGGUUUGUGGAGUCUCUUCAUCAGCAGGUGCAGGUUCAGAGGCGUCCUUGGCUCUUUGAUGAUGAUGAUGAAGGUCAGCAGGUUGGAGGCUUUGUUAAAGAGUUUGACAACAUCGUCUUCCUCACUGUGAAGGGUUCUGGUCACAUGGUUCCAUCAGAUAAACCAGUUGCUGCCUUCGCCAUGUUCACCAGGUUCAUCAGGAAACAGCCUUACUGACCUGGGCUCAGGCUGGACUGCACUACCUUCUCAGGAUUUUACUUUGUUUUCACUGACAGCCAAGCAGAAGAGCCUUUUCUGUUGUAAAGUUAAAAAAACUUCAAAUGUUAACAUAUCACAUCUCUCCUUUGAGAUUGUUGUGGUUCCCAUGCUGACACUUCCUGAUGAGUUUCAGUUGAACUGUUGUUUUUAAUGGAAAAUGUUAUAAAGGUGAAUUUUAUCCAAACAAUA